AUGGUCCUCAGCACUCGUCUGCUGGUUUUCAGCCGUGGCUAUGCCACUCGCCCAAGCGGUUCUCGCCUUAAGCCUACACUGAGUCUCGACCAGUUCAUUCAAAGAGGUCGAGUUCUGGCUUUCUACCGCACUAUUCUGCGCGGCACGAAAAAGAUUGCCGAUCCCAAUACAAGAGCCGAGUCUCGAAGAUACGCCCGUGAUGAAUUCGAGAGACGUCGCAAUGUGAAUGACUCGGCACACGUUCGAUACCUCCUCUCAGUUGGCAAGACGGAGUGGGAAGGCAUGGAGAGUCCCAUCGCUGUUACCGUCCUCCUUGCUCAACCUUUCAAAAAGAUAUCCUGA